GUAUUUUGUGAUGGAUUGAUUCAUAAAUUUAUAAACUUCAAUCUCCACUCAUCAUCACUCCAUUUUUCAUACUUCAAAUCAAAGCAUUUAAUUGCCAAUUCCAAUUCCCCCAAUCGAAGUAUUAAAUUGUUGGUUCCAACUCCCUUUCUCAAAAGCGGGCAGCAACAAGCUUUCAUGCUCCAGAAGCUUCGGCGGCCACGGCGAAUUCUGAUGCAGUGGUGGGGAAUCUAACGACUCUCUACCUGGUUGUCAUUGCGGCCAUCAAGGUCUACGGGAUGGCAGCGGGGCGGAGCUUUAGCGGCAACUGUAUAAUCAUCUCGCGCUGAUCCUCAUCGCCGCUCUCACCUAGGUGGCACCGCCACUGCAUCCUUGUGGAUCUGCUUCAUAUACAAGGAAACCUGGCAGCCAUGGCGGAGGCUGAGUUUUCUCCAUUUUAAUUGUUGAUUUUCUUAAUUGGGGCUAUACAUUAGUUUGAAAGACUUAAUCGGUGGAAUUUUUUAUGCUUAGCAUUUAAUUAUUGAAAAUUAUAAAUUAUAGGGUAAAAUAGUAAAUUUAUAAUUAUUUAUUAUUAUUAUUAUUUUAUAUAGGGGCUAUAAAGAGUAAAACGGGGCUAUGAAUAGAAUCUCCCGAUCGGAAAUUAUAAAGGCCCAGCCAGAGUAGGCCCAAUCAACCGCUCCCACUUGCCACUUGUAACGGCUAGAAAAGAAUCUUGGGUUCAUUUCAAAUUUAAAAGAUUUACAGAGAGCAGGAAAAAGAAUUGGAGAGAAAAGGAGAGAGAAUGGCGAGCAGCAAAUUGGAGGAGUCUAUCGAAAUCAUGCAAGAUCCGGAGAUGGAGUUCUUAGCGUCGAAAGAAGAGACCGGCAACGAGUGGGAGCUCUUUAAAGAAAACGUCCGCCCAUUGAAGCGCGGGCGCAACGUUCGUCUCCUCAACCACGCUCUCAAAUCGAACUUCCAUUCCCAAGUCAAGAGCUCCCUGCUUCAACAUCGAAGGAAGCUGAUCGAGGCCAUUGAUGAAUAUACCGGAGACGACCCUCUCCAGCCCUGGAUCGAGUGCAUCAAAUGGGUCCAGGAAGCUUUCCCACCUGGUGGAGACUGUUCAGGAUUAGUCGUGAUUUACGAACAAUGUGUCCGCACCUUCUGGCAUGAUGACCGAUACAAGGACGACCUACGGUACCUGAAAGUUUGGCUAGAAUAUGCUGAAAACUGUGUUGAUGCUGAAGUCAUAUAUAACUUUUUGGAGGCAAACAGCAUUGGUGUGACACAUGCGGGAUUCUACAUUUCCUAUGCGUUACUCAUGGAACAGAAGAAUAAAAAUAAGACUGCGAAUGAGAUCUUCAGUCGUGGGCUAUCUAUGAAGGCUGAGCCAGUCGAAAAACUGACAGCAUCUUACAAGAAAUUUCUUGCUCGUUCAAUGAGACAACUAAAAGCUACCGAUGAUGAUGCGACAGAGAACCAGGCUUCAGCUCGAAGCUUUGGAACUUUGUUGGCUAAACAAGCAAGAAACCAGGUGCCAGAGAGCUCUGAUAUUUUUAGGAAAAAACAGAAGCCAGACAGGGUUCCUGGAGGCACCUUCUCCAUCUUCAAAGACAGCAGCGAUAGUACGGUAUUUAGUCAUCAACCAGAAAUGUCCAAAGUAGGCAUAAAACCAUGGCACUCGCUUGGUGCUCGUGCAGAAAGAAAUAAAGAGAACAAUGCAAUUCCUUCCAAGUGGACAUCAAAUAAGAUUCCUCAGAGACCAGGUCAGAGAAUAUCAAGGCCAGCUCCAGGCCCGUGCAUUGAGAUCUUUGUGGAUGAGGAAUGCACAGAACAAAAUAAACCCAAUAAGGAGGGGGAAAAGUCUUCAGUUUUGCAUCUUAGACCUGGUGACGGAAAAGAUAUAAAGAGGGAAACGGAGCUGUUGAGAGAGAAUCCCUUGCGCAACUUUCCUUCAAGUGCUCUGCCCCGAUAAUGCAUCACUCCCGUAUAUGUAUGCAAACAUCUUUGUAUUAUUUGUUGAUGGAUCAGCUUCUCCCUCCAAAGCUUGAUCCUUGUACUUCAGUUGUUGUAAGCCAACAAUAUUGUAUUCUUUUCUUUUAUUUUAAAUUUCUUGCCAAAUGAUUCCUGAUGAGGUUGGGUUUAUUUUGAAUCUCUAUUUGCCCUGCAAAA